GGAGGUGCCGAGUCCAAGGCCUGAGCCCUGAGAAUCUGGCUCCACCUCCAUGACUGGAUAUAUCUUCCUUGCGCUCCUACCCUGGAAGAGAUUGUGCGAGUGCCUCCUCUGCCUUGUGCAUCCUCAGCUGUCCCGUCCAACUGAGCAACUGGCAGUGAUGGCAGCAAGCCCUUCCAGCAUCGAGGAAGACAAUGAAAUGUGCAUCAACAAAGAACCGGCACCUGGAAGCCACAGGCAAGGCCAAGACCACCUGAUGAUAGUAGGAAGCUCUGUACAACUUUUGUGGCUGUUCCUGGGGUCUCUCUUCUUCUCUCCAGACAUACUGGAUCACGGACCUUGGUCGACGGGUGUUUCCCAGAGGGACCAGAAGGCGGGACCAAAGGUUGCUGUCUCCAUUAUAACCCAGUCACCUUGGAACAUGACUUCCUCCGGGGCCAGAAAAGCAGCGCACCAGUGGCAGGGGCCCAGGGUGUCUGGAGAACCAGGCCACGGUGAUGCCCAUUCCCAGGAGUGCCCUGGCAGCUUCCAAGGCUGUAAUGACCCCAAUCUGGGGCUGGAUCUGCUGGCAGAGCUUGGCCUGGAUGAGCUCAAUGGACUGGAGAUGGAAAUCAUGAGAAGACAGCUGCUUGUGAUCACUGAGCGUCUGUGUGCCCUUGAGGAUCGGGAUGCCACCUGGCGCUUUAAGGAGGCGGUAAUCUUCACCAUGAUGGUGUUGGCCUGCGUUGCCAACGUGUGGCUGUGGAUGCGCCAGUGAAGCCAUGGCCCCAAGGGAGAGGACAGGGCAGCCCGCCCACAGUGACACCAGCGGGCCUUCCAACCCAUCCCCUGCUUCGGUUUUGGCUUCCUCUUCCCGUUUGCUUCCAAGCUGUGCACAGGGCUCUGCACAGGCUCAAUAAAAGUUUGGUGACAGCCGUGAAA